UGACCCAGUCCACUGCAUUUGGGCGAGUGGCUUUUUGCCUCCCUCGCGUCUUUGUCUCCUCCUCCUCCCCCUCCUCCUGCGAGCCUCCGAGCCCGGCGCAGGGUCUGCAGCAGCCGCCGCAGCAGUAAGAGCCAAGCCGUGCCCCACACAGCCACCCCGGCCGCACCCUCGCUCCGUGGCGGCGCCCAAAGACGCCAGUCGCGCCACGCAUCGCCUGCGUCCCGCUCCCAACCACCGCUCCGGAUCAUCGCGAUUGCCCGCUAGCCGAGCCCAGAGGGCCAGCGCUGUCCGGGGCGGGCAGCCCAGCCUGCCGCGGGUGGGAGGUGGCUGGCGCUGCAGCCCUGGCAAAGCGCACACUUCUAGGCAUCCACGCACCAAACGCCUCCUCCCUGCGCCACGAGGAUGGAACAGCCAUCCCUACCCGGGACUGGCGCAAGGUUCCCCGGCAAAGACAGGACUGAUGAAGAGAUGCUUGCAUUAGCUGCAACCUUUUGAGUCACGCAAAAAGGAAAUCGACGUGUGGACAGAGCUGGAACCAUUGCCACACUUGUUGGAAUAAAUGAGGAAUGGACUUGUGAUUAUGCUGACAUUCCAGCAUGAAUCUGGUAGACCUGUGGUUAACUCGUUCCCUCUCCAUGUGUCUCCUUCUACAAAGUUUUGUUCUUAUGAUACUGUGCUUUCAUUCAGCCAGUAUGUGUCCCAAGGGCUGUCUUUGUUCUUCCUCUGGGGGUUUAAAUGUCACCUGUAGCAAUGCAAAUCUCAAGGAAAUACCUAGAGAUCUUCCUCCUGAAACAGUCUUGCUGUAUCUGGACUCCAAUCAGAUUACAUCUAUCCCCAAUGAGAUUUUUAAGGACCUCCAUCAACUGAGAGUUCUCAACCUGUCCAAAAAUGGUAUUGAGUUUAUCGACGAGCAUGCCUUCAAGGGAGUAGCUGAGACUUUGCAGACUCUAGACUUGUCUGACAACCGGAUUCAAAGUGUACACAAAAAUGCCUUCAAUAACCUGAAGGCUCGGGCCAGAAUUGCCAACAACCCAUGGCACUGUGACUGUACUCUACAGCAAGUUCUGAGGAGCAUGGCAUCCAAUCAUGAGACAGCCCACAACGUGAUCUGUAAGACUUCUGUGUUGGAUGAACACGCCGGGAGACCAUUUCUCAAUGCUGCCAAUGACGCUGACCUUUGUAACCUUCCUAAAAAAACUACAGAUUAUGCCAUGCUGGUCACUAUGUUUGGCUGGUUCACCAUGGUGAUCUCAUAUGUGGUAUAUUAUGUGAGGCAAAAUCAGGAGGAUGCCCGGAGACACCUUGAGUACUUGAAAUCCUUGCCAAGCAGGCAAAAGAAAGCAGAUGAACCUGAUGACAUUAGCACUGUGGUAUAAUGUUUAAGCUGACUUGCUUUGAAAGAAAGUAGUUUGCAAUUGCAGUAGUAUAAGUGGUUUACUUCUCCCAUCCAUUCUAAACAUCGAAAACUUUGUAUUUCAGUUUCUUUCUACUUAUGCCACUGUUGAACUUUUAACAUAACAAAUAAUUUUAGUUUAGGUGACCUACCCCCUUAACCAUACCCCUGGUGGUAUAUUCCUGAGUAACCUAUUAUCAAAAUAUUAGUUAGAACCAUCUCACUAUUUAAUAAUGAAAUUUAUUUUUUUAAUUUAAAACCAAAUAAAAGCUUAACUUUGAACCAUGGAAAA